AUGGAGAAGUCGGGCGUUUACCCACAAACCCCUCAGCAGUGGCCCGGUCAGCCCUGCUGGUCCUGCCAACCCACUCAGCCCAACUGGCCUGUUGACCAGCCCAGCGCAUCGGCUCCUGCGACCUGGCCGUCAAACCCACCAGUUCAGCCGAGCUAGCCUGCUCAACUACCCACCCCGGCGGGUUCCCUGCCGUCUCCAGUGGCUCCGGCGUGGCACGGUAAUCCCGGCCAGGGGCCCGCAGGAGGAGCGCCGCAGCCGUGGCCCCCGGCGCCGCGCCAGCCAUCGCUCCUGUAG